GGGUGGUCGUAAAUAGGGGGUGGGGUGGACGAGAAACAAGAACAAGUUGCAUUGCUCAGAAGCUCACAACGUCUUGGGCAAAGAUGCAGCCCAACGCACUGCACAUGAUCUGCUGGUAAUCUACAUUCCCCCUGAAGAACAAGAACGUUUCAACAAGUGGUCUUUAGUGGGCAUUCGGCACAGUUGUACAUACGUGUCCAUUGCACCCCAUCGCAAUGAUGGUCCAUAGUGGUACGCUGGUUCUGUUGGUGGCUGUAUCCUGCACUAUAUUUCGGACAGAGGCUAAGGGGUGUUCUGGGUCAUCGUGCGGAGGAAAAUGUGACUGCAGUGGAGUAAAAGGAGAAAAGGGUGAGCGGGGGUUUCCUGGUCUCCAAGGCAACAUGGGGUUCCCGGGCAUGCAGGGCAACGAGGGGCCCGCCGGGCCGAUGGGCCCUAAGGGAGAAUAUGGCGA